GCGGGCCCCGAGGGCCGGGCCCUGCCUGGCAGAUCGGAGAAGCUGACGAGCUUGCUCCUCCGCGCCCCUUUGGGGAGCCUCUCUCGUCAGGGCCCUCAGGCCACCCGGCCAGAAGGCGGCGCAGCCGGGCCCGGGCACAGCUGGAGGAGUAGAGCGGCGGCGGCCCAGGCGGGAGGAGGAGGAGGCCUCAGCCUCGGGCCUGGCCAUCUCCCGGCCUCCCCCCUCUCUGGAGCCUGGCACCUGGGCGAGCGCCUUUGUCUCCCCGCCAGCCGUGCCCCGAGGAGGCGCUUGACCCGGAGGACUGCCUGGCGGGCGAACGAAUGAAUGAAAGGCUGCCGAGGCAGCGGCUCUCCGCCGGGCGCUCUCCCUAGUUCCCGAGGCUUCUCUCCACUUUGCUGCUUGCCUCCCCUGUCUCUUGAGCAGCAGCAGCCCAGGAGCUAGCUGGGCCUCCGAAUGGCCAGGCUCAGGGAGGCUUCAGGCACAGAACCAGGCAGGCAUGCAGUCACAAGCAUUUAUUAAGUGCUCCCUACGUGCCAGCCACUGUGCUGAACACUGAGGAUACAGAGAGAGGCAAAAUCCCAGUUCCUGAACUCAGGGAGCUCCCAGUCUAAUGAGGGAGACAGUAUGCAAACAACUGGGCACAUAAAAGAUGGGUGCAAGGCUCUAGCACAAUGGAGGGCGAAGGUGGAAAGUCUGAGGUUAUUGUGGCUGUUGUGACAGAGCCUCAGUUUACACAGCACUGCAGGGAAUAUCUUGAGAAGCACCGACUCCUAGAUAGGCGUCACCGUGUGAAGCAGCUGCCCGAUGGUACCAUGGCACUACCUAUUCUGGGAGAGACCCUCAGUGAGCAGCACCUCCAGGCACUGAAGCAGCGAGGGGCCCCUGACAGCACCUGCAGGCUGGCACAGAUCCUGAAUCCUGUCCCCUCUAAGAAAUCUCAGAACUGUUCUCCUGCCCAGAAGCUAUGUCAAGAACUGCGGUGUCUGGUGGAAGGCCAGGGGCACACAUGGUCAGCUGAGCUAGAGAAAGAUCUUCCCCACUCCUGGCAACGUCAUGGUGACCUCCUUCUCCUCAAUGAAGAUAGCUUCAGAGCUGCCCAUUGGAAAAAACUGGAACCAGGACUCUGGAAGACUGUUGCCUCUGCCCUGGGAGGCCAGCGUUUGGCAAAGCGAGGGCGUGUGUCACCAGGUGGGACGCGAGCUCCCAAAGUAAUCCUGCUGCUGGGUGCCCAUGGCUGGGUGGAGCAUGUGGAUAAUGGCAUCAGGUACACGUUUGAUGUGACCCAAAGCAUGUUCUCCUUUGGAAACAUCACUGAGAAGCUGCGGGUAGCAUCAAUGGCCUGUGCUGGAGAAGUGCUGGUGGAUCUCUAUGCAGGGAUUGGUUACUUCACCUUGCCAUUCCUGAUUCAUGCAAAUGCUGCUUUUGUCCAUGCCUGUGAAUGGGAUCCUCAUGCCGCGGCAGCCUUGAGAAAGAACUUGGAGCUCAACGGUGUUGUGGAUCGGUGCUGUAUCCACCUCGGCGAUAACAGGCAGCUGAAGUUAUGGAGCAUUGCUGACAGGGUGAACUUGGGGCUUAUCCCCAGCUCUGAGGAGGGCUGGCCCACUGCCUGCCGGGUGCUGCGCCAGGACACAGGGGGCAUCCUGCAUAUCCACCACAAUGUGGAGUCCUUCCCAGGGAAGGAGCUUCAGCUCCCCAGCAGCAGUGAGGCAGGGCAGAAGGAGCAGAGAGCUGCCAGAAAUUCAGGAAGGCAGACACCAGCAAAGAUCGCCAAGCUAGAAUGGCAAAAGUGGGCUGAGGCUGUGGCUGCCCGCAUUGGAGCCUUGCUGCUACAGCUGCAUGGGAAGCCAUGGGAGACCCGAAUCCUGCAUGUUCAGCCAGUGAAAUCUUAUGCUCCUCAUGUGGAUCAUGUGGUCUUGGAUCUGGACUGUCGCCCCUUCUCCUGCUCGGGUGAGGGUGUUGGUAAAGCUGAGAGGAGCUGUGGCCAGGGGCCUAAGGUCUGAGGCCUGGGGUCCAGGUGGCUGGGAGUUCUGAGGUCAGCAGCUUACUUCCACUUCUAGCUCCCUUAGCCCCUAGAAAUGAAUCUUUUACAUUUUUAUAAGGAAUUUUUAGAGUGACUGGUUAUUAGACUCUCUCUUCCAAGGGCUUGGUGUAAAUCUGAGACUGAGCACUGUAGUCGCCAAAGUCUUGUCUUCCGCUCUUCUCUUCCACUAAUCAUGACAAGUUGUCUUAUUUAUAAACCUAGCAAAGGCAGAAAAGCUUGUUGAACUGAGUGCACUCUGCAGAGCCCUGGGUUCUGCAGUUUGGCCUUAGCUCCGUCUGUGUGGCCGUAGACAAGCUGCUGCUCUCUUGGACUGUUGGCUUUGAGUCUCCUCAUCUCAGAGAUGGGGUUCUCUCUGAACUACCUCAUGUAGCUUUUGUCUAUGGAGUGUGGGUUUUUCAUGAGUUUCUUAGAAUUGGAGAUGCAGUGCUGGCAGCCUCUUGGAGAGCUUUGGGGACGAAGUCCAUGGCACUGCUUCUGGUUGCUGGCAUAUGGUGGCUCUGGUGAACGUGAGCCAGAGUGGACCAAAGUGAUGCCAGGUCUCGAGCGGCCUUGUCAAUGCUUGUCCUGAUGUCUCAUAACUUUGACCUUCUGAAUAGCUUCUUAUUUUGACUGACCAAGGUAUAAGAGUGCUGCUAGAAGCUUGCUAAUUGUGCUUGGUUUCUCGAGAGUGAAUGUUGAGUUUUCAGGACAGGUUUGUAUUUCUUAGGGCUUUUCGGCUGGACUCCCUGCUCUUAAGGGCCCAGGUUUACCGUGUUCUCCCCUUGUGAUGCCCAAAGUGCUUUCCAGCCAGCGUGGGCCAGCUGGAUUUUGAAGCAAUGUAUUAUGAUCUCCCUUCUCCUCUGCUUGUCUUAAGUCUCGGUAUCAGGACCUGCACCAAGAAAAGGGCUAGAAACAGAGUCAAGAUGCAGGGGUGGUGAGAAGUUAGGGAGUCCCCAGAGUUGUACUUUCCCACUCACGGAGGCUCAUGGAAUUUCUAAGUCAGAGAAUUGAAGCUCCAUUUUGUUCAAGGUGCCAUUCCUACCCCUCCUACUGACCUCUCGCCCACCAUUCCUGCAGUCCUUGCCAAGAGAGAAGAGGGGAGCAGUUUGGGAAUGUUGAGCAGCCGGCUGUCCAUCCUACCAAUUGCUCCCUCUCUCUCAGAGGACCUUGUACUCUCCCACCUCCUUAGGCUGCCCUUGGCUCUAGGCAGAGAUCCUCGUUCGUGAACUCAAAUGAUCAUGGCAGGCCAUGGGCAAAAGAACGUUUUUUUGGUUAUGGAAAUGCUUUACACAACCUCCUUUUGAGGAACAGACCACGGCCCUGGUUAAGUGUGACUGGGCCACAAGGUCAUCUGCUUGUAACUUUUUUGUAAAUGUCCCACAAGAGGCUCCAGCUCUUUCACCUUUUCUCUUCAUCCAGGCGCUUUGAAGGUCUGUGCUGGAUGGGUUUAAAGAGAACAAAGUGUCAGUGGCAAAGCCCUUUGUCUUGGUAUCAUAGCUCUAUGUGCACAUAGUAGGUGCUUAAUAAAUGCUUAAUGACCAGAUGAAUUGGAUGUCCAGAGAGAUUGGAAUGCCCUGGCCACAGUAAGGGCUCAGGCCCAGGGCAGGCAGGCAGAACUGGGGUGGCUUACAUUAGAGAAGCAGUCAUAUUGAUUAGGGCAGUGUUUGGGGAAAAAUCGCCUCAAGCUUUUCUUCUGGGGACCUGGGACAGUCCAGUUGGCAGUGGCAGGCUUUCCUUCUGUCUUGAUUGAAAGUAAACAUUUUCAUGAGACCUGAAGCAUAGGAAGAUAGGAAAUAAAUAGGAUCUGAUGUACAUUCAGCCUCUGUAACCGCAAGUGCCUCAAUUAAUGUGUUGGUUUAAAAAAAAAGAAAGAAAAAGUAUGAUUGAGAGUCAGUCCAGGAAAUGUUCGUUCGGUUCUUGUGUCUGUUAACACAAAACCAGAUAUGGUGUGUGUGAAGAAACUUGGUUUUUGUUGUGGGAAAAGGGUCACUGUGGGCCCUGGAGGCACGCAGGCCCCUGCAUCAGAAGGCUCUGGCUCCAGCUCUGGGCCUUUCUGUCCCCCUAACGACAUAUACCUUAGCCAACUGAAACUGGUAUUGUAGGGAAUGGGUGCAGGUGGCCGAGUCAAAGGAAGGAGCAGGAGACUGAGGGCCACCUACCUAAUGGAGCAUGAUGGAAAAGCUUUUAUUAGACACUUGCUAUGCAGUACGCAUUGUGCUAUAAGCUCUGGGGAUGUAAAUACAAGCAAGCAAGAUGGUAAUGGAGAUAGUGAGCUUGUAACAUAGGAAUCCAAGCAUGUGUGACCCUAGAAGCCACCUGAGAACCUGCUUUUCCUCACCUGCUAGGCCAGUAGCCCUGCUGAACCCAAGCAUAGAGUGCUAGAGUCAGCGUCGUGAAGAUCUGGGUUCAAAUCCUAUCUUUGAUACUUCCUAGCUGUAUGACCCUGGGCAAGUUACUUCAUCUCUAAGCCUCACUUUCCUCAUCUGUAAAAUGGAGAUAAUGCUUGUAGUCCUGGUCUGUAGUAUGGGUUGUCAUAAGGCCCAAUUAAGAUAGUGUCUGUAAAGUGCACUAGCAAAAUGUCCAUCCUUAUUCUUUCAUGAAAAUUCCAAGGGAGUAGUGCUUAUCUUUGUAUUUUAUUUCCCAUUGGGGUGGCAAAGGCUUGAUCUUCCUCAGAAUCCCCAUGAACUAAGCCUAGAGCAUCAGUUCUACAAAAAUAUAUUAGUCUUAAAGACAGAAUUGCAUCUUGGCCUCAAACAAGCUUCUGUGGAGAAAAAGAUGCCAACCUUUAGCAUUUUUCAUCCAAGGUAGACUAUUUCUCAGAGAUCUUUUCAAGCUUGAUUAAAGCAGCAACAGCUACUGGAGCUGACAGGUGGUGUUGGCACCUAGCUGGGGCACACUGAAAAGGAGAAGGAAUGAGAACAGAAACAUGGGAGAUGAGAGCCAGGAUGAGAGGACCAAGGCCAGGAGGCCAGGUCACAGUGCCCAGGCAGGGGUGUGGCGAGUAACAAACAGGCCCAGAACACAACCAGAGGUUAGAAGCACUCACCCCAGGAGUCUGGCUCCCAAGACAUUCAAUGUGGUUUGGUAGCCAGAGGGCUCACCAUAAGUGUUGGCCAGGUUCACAGGGGUCACUUGGAGUUUUCUACUUAGCUUUGCUUUCCACACCAUCAGACCAUCCACUGGGCCUACCAUACUCUCGUGACUAGAACAGUUGAAGUUUGGCCCCAUUGUCUCAGAGCCCGGGUCCUGGUCAGCCCAGCUGCUCUCAGUGAUUCUGUGGAAGGUGAGCCUUCGUCUCAGGCCUUGGAUUCAUUUUCCCACUUGCUCCCAUGGACUACAGGUGGGCUAAUAGGACAGUGUCUUGUCCCAGGAUCAUUUCUAUCUGAACCCCAUCAGAAAUGAGAAAGAUGAAGCAAUAAUAACAUUUCCUUUUUAGGUUUGUCAUGUACUUUACAGAUAUCUCAUUGAGUCUCAAUGACACCCUUGGAAGGAAGAGGCCCUUGUGAGCCUCAUUUUACCUAUUGGGAAAUUCACAUUCAGAGAAGUGGCUUGCCCAGGGUCACACAGCUAGUAAGUGCCUGAGGCAGGAUUUGAACUCACAUCUUUCAGAUUUUAGGUGUAGUCUUCUAGUCACUGUGGCAUGCUGCCUUUCUGUAACAUAGGGACUCCCAAUUUUUAGCUUCAACUUGAGCCAAAGACUUUCUUAGAAGCUUGGAUCUCUUAACAGUCCUUUAUAGUCCCGUUUCUCUUUUUCUGACUGAUAUCACAGAGCUAGACAGAGGUCCUUUGGGAACAUAAUGGGGCAUCAGGAUUAUGGGAUUUACUGGAGAGAAAGGUUGCUCUGACUUGGCUUUUUAAUUAACGUCUGUUUCUGCUCUGCCUCGAGCUAAUUGGGGUGGACUCCUAGCCUCUCUCCUUUGGCUGGAGCCUGCGAGCUAUAAUCCCACUGUGUGGGGGGCAUGUCCACAACUGGGUAGUGCCUGUGCCCGUAUUAGCAGCAUAAGUCUUCCCUGCCCAGGUUAAGGACCUUCCCAAUUGCGUUUUGCUGUCCUCCAGCACUGUUGCCUCAGGACACCCCACAUUAUCACACUUUUGCUGUUCUUUGGCUGGAAACUAGACCAAGCAGAAUCUUGUCCCCAGUAGGAGCUUAUUCCUAGUAUGCUUUGCAUGUUUCCUUGCUCUGAUAAAUGCCACUUUCCCAGGUCAGCCCUCACCUUGGCUCUAGCUCCCCGAACAGCCAAGAAGGCAGUGUCUCUGUGCGAUUUACAAAUGGCCCAGGUGUGGGCUGCUGGUCAGCCCAUCUGUGCACUCCUUAGCAAUGCUCUCAGAGUGCACCCCCUGUCCUGCUCCCUCUUAGAUUGCCUUCAGACCUUUGGCCUCCUGCCUGCCCUGUCUCACUAGGAUGCCCCUAAUGUUUGGGUAGUUUGUUCCUAUAAGAAGAACUUAACUGAUAGGAAAUUAAGCACAUUGUCUCAUAAUCACGAUGGCCCUCACUUUGGGUAUCUUCCUCUCCUUCAAAUAGUUUAAGAAUCUAUCCCUUGAGGGGCAGCUAGGUGGCACAGUGGAUACAGCACCAGCCCUGGAUUCAGGAGGACCUGAGUACAAAUCCGGCC